GGGACCAGUAUAAAGCAGCAGGAGCCUGUGCGCGCCACUUCACACGCGGCGCCUACCUGAUUCUGCUCUGCCCCCUCCUCACCCUGCUCGCCGCCAGCCACCAUGACCCCGGGCAUCCAGGCCCGGUUCUUUCUCCUGCUGCUUCUAGUGCCAGUGCUUACAGCUGUGGACGCCUCUAGCUCCACAACCCUCAGUGGAAGUACACAGACUUCGACUCGCCGGAUCAACACAAGGUCCAGCUCCACUGAGACAAGUUCUGUGACCACAGCCAGCAGCCCUGCCUCAACUGUGACCACCAUGCCAGUCUCCCAUGCCACCUUGUCCCCGGCUGUCAGCCCUGCCACAACACAAGUCACCACAUCAAUCCACCCUGCCACCUCGUCCCAGACCGCCGGCCCUGCCAUGACACCGGCCACCACGCCAGCCCCCACGGCCACCUCGUCCCCGGCCGCCAGCUCUGCCACAACACAAGUCACCACAUCAAUCCACCCUGCCACCUCGUCCCAGACCGCCGGCCCUGCCACGACACCGGCCGCCACGCCAACCCACCCUGCCACCUCAUCCCAGACCGCCGGCCCUGCCACGACACCGGCCACCACGCCAGCCUCCCAUGCCACCUCGUCCCAGACCGCCGGCCCUGCCACGACACCGGCCACCACGCCAGCCUCCCAUGCCACCUCGUCCCAGACCGCCGGCCCUGCCACGACACCGGCCACCACGCCAGCUUCCCAUGCCACCUCGUCCCAGACCGCCGGCCCUGCCACGACACCGGCCACCACGCCAGCACACAAAAGCAGCUCUGCCAAGGCUACCACAAUCCCAGUUGGCAAGGGCACUUCAUCUUCAAUUUCCAGCCAUCACUCUGAUACUCCCACCACCCCUGCCAGCCACAGAACCAGGACUACUGCCAGUAGCACUAAGCAUAGCGUAGAACCCCCCACCUCCACCAGCCAUAAGACUUCUCCCCAGUCAUCUUUCAGGAUCUCCUUGUUCUUCCUGUCCUUUCGCAUUUCGAACCGCCUGUUUAACUCUUCCCUGGAAGAUCCCAAAAGCCACUACUACCAGGAGCUGCAGGGAAACAUUUCCAACUUGUUUUUGCAGAUCUAUAAACAAGAGGGAUUUCUGGGCUCCUCUGACAUAAAGUUCAGACCAGGAUCCGUGGUGGUGGAAUCAGCUCUGGCCUUCCAAGAGGGCACCACCAAUACCAGCGAGGUGGAGGCACAGUUUAAACAAAAGGCAUCAAAAGCAUCCGAAAGAUACAACCUGUCAAUCACAAGUUUUAGUGUGGAUGAUGUGUCAUUUCCUUCCUCUGCCCAGCCUGGGUCUGGGGUACCCGGCUGGGGCAUUGCCCUGCUGGUGCUGGUGUGUGUUCUGGUUGUGCUGGCCAUCAUCUAUCUCAUGGCCCUGGCUGUGUGUCAGUGCCGCCGAAAGAACUGUGGGCAGCUGGACAUCUUUCCAACGCGAGACACCUACCAUCCUAUGAGCGAGUACCCCACCUACCACACCCAUGGGCGCUACGUGCCCCCUGGCGGUAUCAAACCGAGCCCUUACGAGGAGGUUUCUGCAGGCAACGGUGGCAGCAGUCUCUCUUACACGAACCUGGCAGCCACUUCAGCGAACUUGUAGGGGCAUGUCGCCUUCUGAGUAUCCAGCCACUGCCAGUUGCCUGUCUGUCUCAUGGUCUUCACUGCCAGAGCCCCCCCCCCCCACCUGCCCCAUCAUUC